UUUUUUCACAUUUUAUUUAUUCAAUGAUUUUCUCAGUCAUGAAACAUACUAAGUGACUUUGAGCCAAUCUCUAGCUCUCAGUCUAAUUGACCUCAAAGGGUUGAUGGGAGAAGAUAUAUCACAUCUGCUGCAUUGAGCAUUUUGAAAUUAAGGUGGAAAUUGAAACGAGUUCAGAUUUUCUUUAUGGGUGGCUUUCCUUAUUGGAGAAGUAAAUUUCUUGUAUUGGAAUUUUAUCUUUCACAUACAGUCAGCUCAUUAUAUUUGUGGGUUUAACUUUUGCAGAUUUGAUUAAUAUGAUCUGUCUAAGAAUCUCUUGCUUCUCCAGUACAGUUCUAUGUCACCUUCCAGAAAUUGACUAUACUCAUGUCUCUUCACUUUUGGAGGUCCUGCGUCCCUAAUCCCAGUGAAUAUUGUCCACAUGUUUGUGAAUUUCAAUGGCUUCUCUGUAGUCUGACAUGAUAGUUGUUGGAGUGGUCAAGCAUUUCUGUGUUCUCAAAUAAUAUACUGUGUCCAGGUUGGUUCAUCAGGUGCUCUGCUAUGGCUGAUUUCAUGUAAACAACUUCCAACAGAAAGGAGGAAACCAUGAAAAUGAACAAAAUCUGGCUACCAGUAUUAAAAAACUCAAAAAUCAGAACAGUAAAUAAGCAACACUCUGAGACAUGGGAACUAGGGGCAGUUAACAAAGGAUGCCACCAGGCAGAAAGUAGCUAGUAGAUGUAGCCAUUCAAUGCAAAUUAGGGUGAUUAUCUGCAACAUUUACAGCUGACCUCCAACUGACAAGAGUUCUUCCCUCACCCUGGACUUCCCACAGAUAUAUAUAAACCUUCCUUGCUGAGUUUCUCCAUACAUCACAACCUCUGAGGAUGCCUGCCAUAGAUGUGGGCGAAACGUCAGGAGAGAAUACUUUUAGAACAUGGCCAUACAGCCUAGAAAACAUACAACAACUCUGUGAUCCCGGCCAUGAAAGCCUUCGACAAAACUUUAGGACUGAUGGUUACAAUUUGCUAUUUGACUUUAAGGAUGUCACUUAGAUUUAUGUGAAAGAUGAUAAAAGCCAUCUUCUUUUCUUUUUUUUUAGAUAUUCCUUAGCAAGGAGAGGACAUCUGUGGUACUAGGAGGCCUACCUCCACAAAACCUAAAGCAGUGUUUGUCAGAGUAGGAUUCAUGGACCGCAUGUCCUUUUUGAGUAAGGAAGCUUUAGUGUAUUAGCAACCUCUUCCCUAGGUUGUCCGGGAGCAAUUGUCUGCUGACAUCACAGUGACCCGGGCAAGACUGGUUGCCAAGGUUAGGGUUACUAGGGAGAUGAUGGAAAGGGGAACCUAGUGCAUUUUGAGAGAUAGUUGGUGGCUUUGCCUCUUGCCUGUGCCAGCCAUGACUUGUGUGCCACAAAGAUGCCUACAGCGACAGAAAGGAUUUGUCCUCGACGGUGUGGCGGUGGACACCAUUGCCAGCAGCUACAACACCAUUUUGCCCAAAGUGUGGUCUGCUUUGCCACCUUACAAUGCGCAGCUGGAUAUCCAUGCGGCCAGCUACUUUUCAUCCCCAGUGGUCAAGUCAGUGCUGAAGAAAACUGAACAGACUCGUGGUGGAACCUCCAGAGAUGGCUGGAUAGUGGAUUAUUUCCAUAUCUAUGGGCCAGGGCAGAGGUACUUGAACAGGAGAAACUGGGCAGGAGCAGGUCAUUCAUCACAACAGGUGGCUGGUCACCAUUACUAUUUAAUGGAUGCAAAGCCUAUUAAUGGGUUCAAUGGCCGAUAUGGUUACCGCCGCAACACGCCUGACCUCCGCAAGCGUUCUUCUUGCUUUGGUGAAGUCACCUUGUAUCCCCUCCACUGAAUAGCAAAUAGUAUCUUCCUGUGAUGUUUUUUCAUGAUUUUAUUCCAUAAUAAUAAAAUAUUAUUAAUUUCCUUA